GUGUGUUGAUCAAAUCCUAUUGAGUGUGUUCUGUGUCAAGUCAAACUCCGGGUGGCAGACAGAGGUUUGUAGCUAGCUUUUGUAGAGAUCUAGAGGUAGGUCGAGGACGAUGGCCGGACUGAGGGGUAUUAUAAGACCAGGCGUUCGGGUUCUGCGACUGAAUGAAAUUACAGCUACCGAUACAAGGUGUCUCUCCUGUCUGUCUGUGGUACCAGUCCAAAGUCCUCUCCUGAAGAGUUUGCCUGUCCCAUCCCUGACCACACACCCAAGUCAUCAUGUGCAGAUGGUCAGACACUUGUUCAAGCUGCCCAGUAUAAAUCCUCUAAAGAAAGCGUCAAAACGGAAAGAGUAUUCUGAACGCCGGAUACUUGGGUACUCUAUGGAUCAGAUGUACGACAUUGUCUCUGACAUUGGCAGCUACAAACAUUUCAUCCCUUGGUGCACCAGCUCCACUGUUUUUGAUGUCCGUGCAAAUGGGUGCAAAGCAAAGAUGGAAAUUGGGUUUCCUCCAGUGCAGGAAAGAUAUAUGUCUACCAUUAAACUCGUUAGGCCAAACCUUGUUCAUUCAGAAUGCACAGAAGGAAGACUCUUCACUCAACUCCUCACUAUAUGGAGGUUCAGCCCAGGAGUAGCCGGAAAUCCAAAGACUUGUACAUUGGACUUCUCUGUUGUGUUUGAAUUUCGAUCCCAACUGCAUUCACAAUUAGCAACUGUGUUCUUUGAUGAGGUUGUAAAGACCAUGGUGAAUGCUUUUCUGAAAAGAGCCCGGCAGCUUCAUGGACCAGAGUCUAUAAAAACUCAAAAGCCUAAAGUUAUAGCAUACAGUUCUUGACCUAAGAAACAUUUAGUUCAGUUGUACAUAUAUAUGGCAUAUUGUGCCACUUGAAUCGUGUGAAAUAUAAUAUAUUUGAAGCUGUUUUAUCUCUUGAGAUUAGCAAUUUUAAAAUGUUUUUUGUUCAUUAUCAUAAAGUCGAAUGAUGAGAGGAGAUUUACUCCCAGGGGUUUACAUUUUUAAAGCAAGACACCACACUUUCAUGUGAGUCUUUCGGGUAAUUUUAAGCCCUUUUUUCUUAAGUAAAAGGAAACAAGAUUGUUGAUCAUUUCUGUCAGUUCCAAUAAGUGUCCAUGACCAACUAUUUUCUGAGGUAACCAAAAUGUGAUGUAGUAUUUCAGCACAUCUCUGUGGCAGGUGGUAACCUUUAUGUUGUCAUUCUUGUUUCAAUCUCUCUCUCUCUCUCUCUCUCUCUCUCUUUUCUGGCGCUGUGGCAUCAUAAACUGUCAGCAAUGCCAACAGCGUGCAGGAACUCAACACUUUCCCGGGGGUCCUUAAAAAGUGCUGAAAGUGGGUUACUGAAGUGUCCCCUCAGACUUCCUGUUUCAAUGAGGACUUCCAUCAAAGGCAUAUUCUUUGGUUAUGCAAUGUUCUUUCAAUUUGGUCAGAAUACACUUAGAAUGCCCAUCCUUUGAUUGCAGUAAAACUUCAUCAACCACACUUUAAUUUUCAGUACAACACCAUGUAAAAAGGUACUUUUCUUCUCAUGAUAUUUAGCAAUUACAUUUUUUUAGAAAUUCUAUAUUCUUUUGUUCUCAUAUUAAGAGCUCCCUUGAACGAGAAGACUGAUAAAAGUUUUCAGAUAUGUCAUUUAGAACUGACCUCAAAAUAGAGAACAGCUUUAUGACCAGCACGCACUGUUGCAAAGAAAGACGUCGCUUUGAGCAUGAGCGUGGUAUUUUCCUCUCUACAGUUUGUUUUACUCCGUGUGUCUGAAGUGUCAUGUGAAUUGAUAUGUGAUACCAGUUGUAACUGUAACAGUUUGAGAGUGAGAGCACUGAUCGAAAUACUAUUCUCUGAUAUUUUUCGCUGUGAUUUCUUUUAAUUCAUAGGUAGUAUUUUGAUUGAUACCGGUGUUGAGAAUCUCUGCCUGAUACCAGAUCUGGGAGCACAAUAUCACAAACAGAUUUAUGCACUGUCUCUGAUCAUAAUUUUGUGAUGAAACUACAUUUUGUGAAAAUUGAUGAAACACUUGACAAAUAUCAAUAGUCAUUUUUCAGAGGCUAUUCAUGAGCAACUUUGGAUUAACACAAUCAACUACAUUCUAGAAAAAAGAGCAAAAUUCUGCAACGUCAAGGUGGAUGUAUUACUUGGACCAUGGCCGUGAUUACAUUGUUUCAAUUGGAGAGUACUGUCUGUUAUUUAUAUUCUUUUGUGGCUCGUUUUUUCUUUUUUUUUUUAAAGAAGUCACUUGGAUUGAUGAUGAAUACUGGAAGAUAGAUGUUUUACCAAUUCAAAAGAGCAAGUAAACCAAAUUUCUCUUCUUAAUGGAGUUUGCUGUUGUUAUAUGGAAAUAAACAUAUGGAGAAAAUCAUGCUCUGGUAUGAAAAGUCACAAACCAACUUUUUAAAUAGGAUGAUUGGAAUAUCAUACAGGGUGAAAUGACACUAUGUGUCUUUAUUUUCUUCAUUUUGUAAAUAAUUAUGAGUUCCUUUUUGAUGCUGCAGUUGUUUUAGCUUCCAAAUGGCACGAGCAACAGCUUUUAUUUCUAGUCCCCUACAAUGUUUCUCGUGCCUACUGAUACAGAAGACAAUAGUACACAGCUAUUCGAUUAUUAAUAUAUGCAUUGUAAGCAAUUUUGCAGAUCUUUGAUACUUCUAUCCGUGGUGUCUGUGGCCUAAUGGUUAGGCUACCGGACUCAAAAUUGUGAGAUUGUGGGUUUGAGAGUUCGAGCCUUAGCUAAGUCUGACAUUGCAUCCUUGGGGAAUGGGCGGAUUUUCUCCUUUAGCUCAGUCCUAUCGCCUGUGAAUAACUUCACAGUGUUACGAGGGGUGUUGAACCUAUACAAUUGCACAUUAUUUUUUCAAUGUGUCUAUGAUGGAAAUGGGCGUCAUAAUAAUAAUUUUGCACUCCGCUAUAAAUGUUCAAUAAAGGUUAAUUGUGUUACCCCUAUUGUUAGAACACAACUCAGAAGCCAUUGUUCUUUGUUUGUGUGCUUUGAGGAGUCUGUCCCAAUUUCAACUAGCAAAAUAUACACUGAGGAAAACCACAUAUGAAUGUGAAGUUUAAUUGCUUUACUUUUUAUGAUCCUACUAGUACUAGUCUAUAUUAUUUAUAAAACUAAGGAGGGGAUGUUUUGUCCAUAGUACAGCAAUUUACAGACUAUAUUUAUUGUCCUUCACACCUUUUCUUUGGAGUGGAGCAUAUUGUUGAUCUAGCAUUAUAUUUCUAACUUUCUAAAUUUUUCACUUGGUGUGUCAAUAUUGCUUCAGAUCAACUACAUGUAUGCUUUCGAAACACGGUGGAUUGAGGAACUUAUGUACAGUCUGUAUUUGUAUAUAUGUUUGAAUAUCAUUUUAUUUAUUCAUAAGCAGAUUCUGUACAUUUGUUCUUGGAAGGGAAUUUCCUUAUUGUGUCUAAACUACUUCUCCUUAAUUACAAAGAAUAUUUUGAUGCAUUAAAGUAAUUAAAGAGUGUACAAAAACUUUUAGCUUAAGGUAUCCUCUGAUGUGUGAGAAUUUUUUGUUGGUUUUUUUUUCCUCCAGAUUUUGUUAUUACCGUACUUUAGACAUUACAUGUAUUACCGGAGUAAAAAGAGUACAGCAACAUGAAUGAUUUGAUUAAAUCAUCCAAUGACCAUA